AUGGAGAGAGAUGUUUUUAUAUCUGUGGAUAGUCAGUGGCUGCCUGUUGUUCAGUAUGUACAUUUGAAAUCUGAUAUCUGGGGACUAUUUUGUAUAAAACGACUUUUUACAAAGUUACAAAUUUGUGGACACAUUUCUCUUCCAGCAUUAUUAAAAAUGAGUCAAAGUGUUGUUGGUGAUGACAUUGUUGCUAGUGUUGAUUUAGCUGUUGAUAGUGCAAUUCAAUCAAUAACAGUGCAGACCAAUAGUGCAACUACAAGUACAAGUUCCACAGUUUCGAAUUCUUCAACAUCUUCCCAUAUUAUAUGGCAUCCAAACAAGGACAAUGUCUUCGUUGUAAGUGAAAUUCAUUGCUUCUUAGCGAUUAAUUUGAUUAUGACAUAUAUAAAGUACCCAAACUAUUGUAUGUACUGGUCAAGAAACCCAGCUUUGAGAAUGGAUCUUAUUGCUGACAUUUUAUCCCUAAAGAGAUUUGAGAAAAUAAAAACGUAUUUUCAUUUUGUGGACAAUGAUGAAAUCCCUGAAAACAAUACUGACAUGUUUGUGAAGCUGAAACCCAUUUUGGACAUACUGAAAGAGACAUUUUCAGGGACAGUAACUCCUACUGAAUAUCAUUCUAUAGAUGAAAUGAUUAUCCCCUUCAAGGGGAAAAGGCAGGAACAGAAUAACACGCUGAGCCCUAACUUUGGUCCUAUUGGGAACACUGUCAUAAGAUUGUGCCAGAGGCUAGAAGGAAAGAAUCACAAGAUCAUUCUUGACAAUUUAGUCACAACAAUCACAUUGCUUUCGUAUCUGAAGCAAAAGAAAAUUCAUGUAUUAGGAACCAUAAGGUCGAACAGACUGAAGGAUGCAAAGAGUAAAUUGACCGACAGCAAAGCUCUAACGAAAUCAGGUCGAGGUUCACUGUCUAUUGCUACUUCUAAUGACAAUAUUACAGUUGUGCGAUGGGUGGAUAGAAACAUUGUCCACAUGGUAUCUAUCUUUGCUGGAGGGACACCAACUGAUACUGUCAAAAGAUGGGAUGUGAAGAACCAUGCUCACAUAGAUAUAAAGAGCCCAUAUGCUGUAGCAUGCUACAACAAAUUCAUGGGCAGAGUAGACAUGACUGAGCAGAUAGUCACACACUACCCUCACAAAAUGAAGAGCAAGAAGUUUUAUUUGAGAAUAUUUUUCCACUUUUAUAAUGUUGCACUAGUAAAUGCAUGGAUUCUUUACAAAAGAGACACUGAAAGAAAUAUUUCUUUCGGGGAAUUCGAGGCAUCAGUUGCUUCAACAGUUACAGAGCUUGGAAGCCAGUAA